AUGGAGCGGUACCUUCGAUCCUGGCGUCAGGACGCGUUCAAUCGCGGCCAGCAUGAAUCUGCUAUUUACAUCGGCGACAAGGUUCUUGCAUUGACCAACAGUGACUCCGAUGCUUUUUGGUUGGCACAGGUCCAUUUCUCCAAUAACAACUUCAGUCGCGCGCUAGCCCUUCUCUCCCGCGGCGAUCUAGUCUCUCGAAACCCCGCCUGCCGUUACCUUGCAGCUCACUGCUACAUAAAACAAAAUCAAUUCGAACAAGCCCUCAGUAUACUCGGCGAGCAUAACCCUACCGAUUUAAUUCGCGACCAUAAUAGCCGGAGGAAGAUUCAGCAUCUAAAUGGUCAAAGCCAUGUUACGUUACGCAAUGGGAAAGCAUCAACAGGGCGGGGCGAACGAAGUGAGGAGCGAGAUAGGGAGAGAGACGAGGAUAGCAAUGUUCGAUUUGAAGCAUCAAUGUGUUUUCUACGAGGACUUUGUUUCGCGAAGCAGAAUGCAUUUGACCGUGCGCGGGAUUGCUACAAGGAUGCGGUGCGAAUCGACGUGCAGUGCUUUGAAGCAUUCGAUCAACUCAUGAAGAACUCGCUCAUGUCUCCUACUGAGGAGCUUGAAUUCCUCGAGUCUCUCGAUUUCGAUUCGGUAUCCUCACCCGAUCCCUCCGUAACCCAAGAAGCUGCCGACUUCACGAAAAUGCUCUAUACAACUCGACUCUCCAAAUACUCCUCUCCUACCAUCCUAUCCAAUGCUACCGAAACCUUGUCAACACACUACAACCUCUCCCAAAACCCAGAUAUACUCUUGUCUCGUGCGGAAACAUUAUACACACAAUGCCGAUUCGCAGAGGCUCUGGAGCUGACAUCUUCCAUCCUCUCCACUGCCCAGUCCAAUGACCUGGCCAGCACAAAUUCCAGUGGCAGUCCUACACAUAACCAUCUGGGUCAUGCACCAGGGAUUUAUCCUCUCCAUCUGGCUUGUCUUUACGAGACAGGUGCUACGAAUGCCCUUUUCUUGCUUUCGCACUUGCUAGCCGAUCAUGCACCAGAGGAGCCAUACACAUAUUUAGCAAUUGGAGUAUACUACCUAGCUGUGUCUAAAAUUGCCGAAGCCCGACGCUUCUUCUCCAAGGCCUCUCUACUUGACCCCCAUUCGGCCGCAGCGUGGAUUGGAUUCGCUCACACCUUCGCCGCAGAGGGAGAACACGAUCAAGCCAUCGCAGCAUACAGUACAGCCGCCCGACUCUUCCAAGGAAGUCAUCUUCCCCAGCUCUUCCUAGGCAUGCAGCACCUAGCUUUGAACAACAUGUCUCUCGCCCACGAGUACCUCUGCGCAGCCUUUUCCAUGUCAACAGGCUCUGUACCAGGCCCCGCACCUACACCCGGGAAACCCCUCUCCGUCCCCCUUGGCGGUGAUCCAUUGGUUCUAAACGAACUUGGCGUGGUAUAUUACCACCAAAACAACCUUACACCCGCAGUAGACCUUUUCCGCCAAGCCCUCGCUCUCGCUACAUCCCUCCACUGCGAACCCGGUGCAUGGGUCGCAACACGAGCGAACCUAGGCCACGCCUUACGCCGUAUGGGCAAUCUACGCGAGGCUUUACGAGAAUUCGACGAAUGUCUCCGAGUCGGUGCCGGAGGAAAUAGCAUGGGAUACUCACCAUUCCUAGGCGGGGGAGCCGGUGGCUCUGCCUCAGUAGCGACCGCAUCGGGUGUUGGAGGCUACGAGGAUCGGGGCUUAAUUGGAUCCCUCCACACAUCACGAGGACUAUUACUCUUAGAGCUUGGACGGACCGGCGAGGCCGUCACAGCCUUACACGAAGCGGUGAGAGUGCUAGGCGCAAGUGGUGGUGGAGAUGCGGCCGGUGGAGCUGGCGUAGCAGGCACAUUAUUAUCUCGUGCAUUGGAGCUAUGGGCUCUUGAGGGUCGUGAGCAGGAUCGCCAAGGACUAAAAGCAUUAGAAGAGGGGAAACGAUCAGCACACGCGCGCGGGGGAAGUUCAUCGUCUCGAUCGCGAGAUACUCGUACCAAGACACGGCCUACGGAGGACUCACGACGUGGUCGCGGUGAUGCAUAUCGCGAGUCAUGGACUGAUGAAGUGACGCAUGGCAAUACGCCAGAGCCCGGCGAGCUAGACAGUGUGGAUCAGCAUAUCGAGAUGGAUCUAGACGAGGAGGCAGAUGGAUUACUGCGUCGGGCAUUAGGACGAGUUCGUCCUGGACGCCGUCGGCUCCCACUCCCUAAUACACCAGAGCAGCAGCAGCAACAGAUGAAUGAAACGCCGGCCCGAGGACAUCAAUCAAAUCGGAGCCAAUCCCGACAAUAG